GUGUGGUAAUUGUUCUAGUAAGAAAAAAAAUGUUGAAGAGUAAAGUUUGUUGUGUCCUUGCUCUAGCUUUAAUCGACUCUCUAUGGGUCCAAGCAUUACCAUCUUUUGCAUCUUUGGACGAGUAUGCUAUUCAUAAUGGUGGAAGAUUUAGAACUCUGGAAUGUCCAGAAAAUGAAUUUUUAAAUCACGAAGGAAAGGCUUGUGAACCUACUUGUGAAGACAUAUUUCGUCCUGAUGUAUGUGAAGAAAAAAAAGUCAUCGCUUGUGAAUGUAAUGAUGGAUAUGUAAGAAAUGCUACAGGUGCAUGCAUCAGACCUGAAAGAUGUUUUCAUCAGCUACCUCCAAAAAGUAAGAACACUUUGUCUGCAUCAAGACAUUAUAGACAGAGUGGAGUGCUGAUUGAAGUUUUUGAACCAAGUGCAACUGAGCAUCAUGAUAAUGAUACAGAAAUUGAAAGUCAACUUACAGAAGGUGAAGCUUAUGAUUUAGAAGAUUUUGAAAAUGUUGAUGCUGUUCGAAGUGAACUGGAAUUUGAUCCAGGACUUCUGGAACAUUUAUCUGAUAGUCAUAAUGCAUAUCAUAGAAAACAUAUAACAGAACAUCAACCAGAUCAAAGUGAACAAGACGAUGAACGUGAAGCUCAGAUAAAAAGAUUUUAUGAAGAAUUAUUUGGAGAAGGUUAUACUCCUGAUGAUAGUGAUGAAAAGGAUAAUAAUAAUGUUGGGCUAAUAAAUAUUGACGAUUGGUUUCCUACAAUAUUCAAAUAA